AUGGAACAUGAUGGACACUAUCAGCGCCAUGGAGACUCCGAGAAAAAGUACAAGUGUAAUUUCGCCAGUUGUGACUUUGCGACGCGCGUUCCCGGACAUUUGAAAAGACAUCUUUUGGUGCACAGUGGAACCAAACCGUACUCCUGCCCACAUUGUGAUUACAGCUGCAACAACAUUGAAAAUCUCCGCAAACACGUUAUUUCGACUUCCAAGCAUAAAGGAAAGUACUUGUACGAGUGCAAGUUCUGCUCGUUACACGAUGAACAGGGCUCGAACGUGUUCAAAUCGAACUUUAGCAAAGACUACAAAGAUCAUUUGAUGGGAGUGCAUAAAUUCACCUCGGAAAAGGCAACCCAGGUGGCGCGAAUUUAAUCGGUGAAACAAAAG